UGUUUCCUAGCAGUAAGGGAGGCUCACCACGGUAAACGAUGCCAAAUGUAUAUGAAGAGGACCCAUUCACCAUCGCAUUAACAGACCAUUUGGCGGAUAUUCUUUAAAGUUGAAUCUUCCGUAACAUCCAGCGCCAGACUUACAGGCUGUGGGUUCAACUCUUCGGGAGCGCAUUGGAGAAGGACUCGGUGUGGUUACGCUCAACUUGCAUGCGUGGAUAAAAUACACCUUCAUAUAACAAUAAGACAUUGUUGUUUUGAAAGAAAGAAACAUAUCUUGUAAGAUGAUAUGGUUAUUGUUUUUGCUGCUACGUGCAACCGGCGUGCUGUCGUCUUCCACCCAGGUGGCUACCAUCUACCCUCAAGACCCUGCCCUUCUCAUUGGCUCCAGUCUGACAGCUACAUGCUCAGUGAAACCAGACAAUGGACUACAUGCAGGCUCACUCUACUGGACGCUGAAUGGGAAGCGUCUUCCAAGCAGCACCUACAGCGUCUUAAGCCCCACUGUGCUCAGCGUUACCUUGCCUCGACUCUCUGGGUCCCGCCAACACUCCGGAGAUAACCUUUUGUGCCAUAACAGCGGGGGGCAUGUGCUGGCUGGCUCAUGCAUCUAUGUUGGCAUGCCUCCUGAAAAACCUGUGAACCUUACUUGCUGGUCUAGGAACACCAAAGACCUCACCUGUAAAUGGGCCCCUGGGGGCCAGGGGGAAACCUUCGUCAAGACAAAAUACACUCUCAAAUACAAGCUCAGGUGGUAUGGGCGAGAAAAGGAGUGUGAAGACUACAACGUAGAUGAUCCAUACAUGUGCUACAUCCCCCGCGACCUCGCCCUUUUCACGCCCUACGAGAUAUGGGUGGAGGCCUUUAACCAACUCGGAACUGCCACAUCUGACAUCAUCAACUUAGAUAUCCUAGACGUGGUGACGACAGACCCACCGACUGAUGUGACAGUGAGUCGAGUGGGCGACCUGGAGGACCAGCUGACUGUGCGAUGGGAAACACCACCUGCACUCAAAGACUUCCUCUUUCAGGCCAAGUACCAGAUCAGAUACAGAUUGGAGGACAGCAGUGACUGGAAGGUGGUGGAUGAUGUCGGGAAUCAAACUUCCUGCAGGUUGGCAGGUUUGAGGCCUGGCACAGUGUAUUUUGUGCAGGUGCGCUGUAAUCCAGUUGGGAUUCUGGGCUCCAGGAAAGCGGGCAUAUGGAGUGACUGGAGUCACCCGACUGCAGCCUCAACACCACACAGUGAGCGGCUGCUGACAGGUUCAUGUGAUUCGAAGGCGGGGCAGCAGAACUCCACGUUGCGGCGAGACUUGAAGCAGUUCUUCGGCUGGGUGCGCAAACAUGCCUACGGUUGCAGCGGUAUGAGUAUCAAACUUUAUGAUCAGUGGCGGGUCUGGCUGCAGAAAUCUCACAAAACACGCAACCAGGUAGGUUCUUCAAGGAGAUAAAUCAUAGCACGUCACUUCUGGCAGGCAGAACACUUUAACAACAACAGCACACUGUGGAAGUACUCACAUUUUCCAGACCACUCCUUGGCUCAGUGCAAGAAAGUUCAAGUACAGCUGGACUCAAAAUGGAAUGUUCAAACAGCAAAAAGUGACAAGAAGUGAUUUGGUCCCUUGGACACAGUCUAAAUUGUGCAGUUUUCAAAAAUGCCUUAUAAUAGAGGAAAACAAUCUGUUAAACAUCUUUCUUUGAUAAUCGCCACAGAGACCAUAUGGAUUAUAUCCUCGCAACUCAUUUUUAGAGGAGACAAGUUCUGAUUGUGUCGGGGGCACCAAUUUCACAUAAUUUGCACAUUUACUCUUGAGGAUGACGAUGCCCAAGCCAUGCUUCGCCGAAGUGACACAUUGCCUGUAUGUGGGCCUGUGACUUUUUUAUAAGGUUUCUGCCAACUGCUAACUUUAGCCGACCUGUAUGUUCAAGAGAGGUUCCUCAUGGACAAAUGGAAAAUGUUAGAAGUUCUCUCAACAAACGUUUUGUGUAACUUCAACGAAACUGGAAGAAUAGUAAUGUCAUAGACCAUCUAGUUUUACCAAAGGUAUCUUUCACAAAUGUUGUAACGUUACAAUUGUGACUAUACUGCAGCAUUUUACAUAAAGAAAAUGUGACGGGUAUACCUCACAGAAGAUAUUGUCACAGUCUGAAACAUCUUGUAUAUGCCAUAAAAUACAUGCUAUGCCACGAAAUACUCAACAUAUCAAUUCUCGGAUCUAAGAGUGGGUUUUGUUGCAACUGUCAAUGUCAUUUCUAAGUCUCGCUGCAUUUUUCUGAAGUUAUAAAGGAGGACCCACUAAAAAACUACAUUCAGGACAAAGUUAACAUGUUGGAGAUCCAGAGUGAACUCCGUAAAUGGCUAUUUAAUGAAUGGAGAGGAAAGUUUCAGCCAACAAAUGUUCUCUCUUGUGUUUUUAUGUGUUGCAGUUGAAAUGCAAAUCUGUAACUGUGUUUGUAGCAUUGAACUGUUUGAAAAUAAUUUUAUUUGACUGCUUUUAUUUUUGUACUGAAUUGCAUCUGCAUAUUUAAAUUUAAAGUUUUGUUUUGACUCUAAGUUAUGUGUAGGUAGAUUAUAUUAUUAUUGACUGAAUUGUUAAACUCUAAUAUUGUUCAUAAAAUCCUUC